AUGUCGACUAACGAUACGGAUACUUCUUCAGACUACUCAGUACUAUAUGCAAUCAAAUUUGCUAUACUGGUCGCUUUGGAAAUACCAUCGAUUCUCGUUUCGCUCGUUAUCUUUGCCUAUUUCGGUACCAAUCGAGCAGCACGUUUAACAACUCAAAACAUUUCAAUAUUCGUUCUGCUUCUGAUCAACUUUCUUCAAGUCACCACUGAUCUCCCUAUGCCCAUGAGUUUCUUUCGUUUGAAUGGCAUCGUUCAACCAGCAACGUCAAGUUAUUGCACUUGGUGGACAUUUUAUGAAUUUUCUUUAAAUACAGUAAAUGGCUAUGUAAUGGCUUGGAUAUCAAUAGAACGUUAUGUACUCAUUUUUCAUAGCAAUUUCACACGUAAUUUAUCAAUCUGGAAACGAAGAGCAUUUCAAAUAAUACCACUCAUCAUUUGCACAUUAUGGGGACCUUUGUACUAUUUUGUAACAAUUAUCAUCAGCCCUAUGUGUACUAAUACAAGAUCCUAUGUCGCCUUGUUAUGCGGUCUGCCAUGUUACCUGCUCACAACGUGGGGCACAUUUGACCUAUUUUGUGAUGUAAUCUUGCCUGUUCUGACUAUCUUUAUGUUCAAUCUGAUCCUAUUCAUUCGUGCAAUUUAUCACACUAUGGUAAUCAGACGUCGUGUGCAGAAUAACUGGCGACAGCAUCGUAAGAUGGCUCUACAAUUAGGUCUGAUUUCUUUUGUUUAUCUUGUUAUAUGGGUUCCAUUGUCAAUUAUUCAACUUGGACUUAAUUAUAUCGAUCCUAAUUUUCUUGCAACUUAUUUAGAUACAUUCAAUUUUCUCGUAUAUAUCAUUCCACUCAUUCUACCAAUGCUUUGUCUUAUGUCCAUGCCGGAUUUAAUGAAACAAAUUAAAACACGUUUGCUCACGUGUCAUGGUGUCACAGUUGUACCCAUGAAUAAUACGAAAAUUCAACGUCCAAUUAUAGACCACCGUUCCGGCAUGACAGGAGCCAGACAGAUGCCAUUAUAA